AUUGCCCAACGAAGAUGUGGGGAGCCCUACGCACGCGUUUAGAUUCGUUCGAGAGUGAGAUCUCUGACGAGCCCAUCGAAGUUGAAUCGCUGUCGCCGAAAAAUGAAAGCAAAGAAAAGCAGCACUCCCAAGGUCCCUGGUACAUGGCCAGCGGCUACCUGCUCUUCUGGCUGCUGCUCUUCCUUUCCGUUGUGGUGCCGCUCUUCUACCGCCUGCCCGCGGCAUUGACCAUCGAGGAUGUGCCCACGGGUCUGUUCAUUGCCGAACGGGCACAGGCGAACCUCUACGAAUUGGACAAAAUCGGACCCAAGGUGGUGGGCAGCGAUGGCAAUGAGAACAAGACCGUGCAGUUUCUGCUCCAGGAGUUGGAACUGAUUCAGGAGAAUGUUCUGGAUGAGUACUUUGACAUGGAAGUCGAUCUGCAGAUUGUCUCUGGCUCCUACAUUCACUGGACCAUGGUCAACAUGUAUCAGGGAGUGCAGAACAUUGUCAUCAAGCUGAGCCCCAAGAACUCCUCGAGCGACAGCUACCUGCUGGUCAACAGUCACUUUGACUCGAAGCCCACCAGUCCGUCUGCGGGCGAUGCUGGUCAAAUGAUUGUCACCAUGCUGGAGGUGCUACGCGUGAUGUCCAGCACCCAGCAGAGCUUCGAGCAUCCAAUUGUCUUUCUGCUGAACGGAGCCGAGGAGAAUCCACUGCAGGCGUCGCAUGGUUUUAUUACCCAACACAAGUGGGCAGCCAAUUGCAAAGUUGUCAUCAAUCUGGAUUCCGCCGGCGGCGGCGGUCGCGAGAUUCUCUUCCAGAGCGGCCCCAAUCAUCCCUGGCUCGUAAAGUACUACAAAGACAGCGCCCUGCAUCCCUUUGCCACCACCAUGGCCGAGGAAAUCUUUCAAACGCGCAUUCUGCCCUCGGACACGGACUUUACCGUUUUCACGAAGUACAGCAAACUCAUCGGCCUGGACAUUGCGCAGUGCAUCAAUGGCUACACCUACCACACCAAAUACGAUCGCUUCGAUGUGAUUCCACGCACUUCCAUACAGAACACGGGCGACAAUGUGCUGAGUCUGGUGCGUGCGCUCUCCAAUGCCACGGAGUUGCAUGAUACAGAGGCACAUGCAGCGGGCCAUGCCAUCUUCUUUGAUGUCCUGGGACUGUACUUCAUCAGCUACUCGCAGCGCACGGGCGUAAUCCUCAAUUAUGUUGUGGCUGUCACUACUAUUGCCCUGAUCUUUAUGUCCCUAUGGCGCACAGCAAAGGUCUCCAGUGUCUCCGUCGGACACGUCGUCUGCUGGUUUAUCCUCAUCCUCGUGCUGCAGUUCAUUGCCCUGCUGCUUGGCCUGGCACUGCCCGUUUUGGUUGCUUUUCUCUUCGACAAGUACGGCCUGUCCCUCAGCUACUUUGCCACUCCCCCGCUGAUGAUCGGGUUGUAUGUCUGCCCGAGUCUCCUGGGACUCAGUUUGCCUUCUUUGAUCUACUUGAAGCUGCAAAGGAGUGGUAAGAUUUCCUUCGCCCAUCAACUGCAAAUGGUGCUGCAUGGACACGCUCUUGUCUUGGCCAUUCUCGUCAUUGCUUUGACAGCCUAUGGCCUGCGCUCCACCUAUGUGAUCACUUGGACACUCGUCUUCUACGUUAUUCCAUUGGCCAUCAAUCUGCUCACCACUCUGCAUGAUCGUGGCUUCGCCUGGACGGGAGUCGUGAAGAUUGUCCAGAUCUUUCCCUUUCUGUACAAUAGUUACUUGACUUACACUUUCCUGAUUGUGCUCACUCCCAUGAUGGGCCGUUUCGGCAGAAAGAUCAAUCCCGAUUUGAUUAUCUCCACGCUGAAUGCUCUGGGCAGCAUUUUGGCAAUGGGUUUUUUGAUUCCCCUCAUCAACGUGUUCCGGCGACCCAGCAUGAUCCUGCACCUGCUGCUGACUGUCACUGCUGUGAGCAUUUUCACAGCCAGCUCCACACAGCUUGGAUUCCCCUAUCGCUCCAAGACCAAUGUGCAGCGCGUGCCCUAUCUGCAAGUGCGUCGCGUGUUCUACGAGUACAAUGGCUCCGUGAGCAAGGACGACUCUGGUUACCUCUUCAACUUCCAGGAUCGUCGUGGAGCUGGCCCCCUCCAGAACACCAAAGUGAACCUCACUGGCCUGACCAGCAUCGAGUCGGACUGCUCCGAGUACAUGAUGUGCGGCGUGCCGCUCUACGAUCAUCGUUGGGUAAAGAACCGCCUGAAGGGCAUGUGGCUGCCACGUGACACACCCAUCGAAAUGCCGUGGCUGCCCACGCUGGAGCUGCUCAACAGAACUGUGCUGGAGGAUGGCCAAACGGUGCGGUUGGAGUUCCGUGCGGAGGUCACCGAUCACACGAGUUUGUUCAUAAAGCCCUACGAGGAUGUGUCCGUGAUCAACUGGACAUUCCCGCACGACCACAUUGGACAGCAGUCCACGUCUCACAUUUACUUCUCGCAUGGCAAGGACAAUACGCCAUUGUCCUUCUUUAUAGACCUAGAGAAACUCGAUGGCGACUUCAAUGCGCCCCUUUGCCAGCUGGGCAUCUCCCAUCACUUUAUUGGCCACGCAGGCGAUGAGCUCAGCCAGCAGUUUGCAGCGUCCUUCCCGCCAUAUGCAGCGCUGAUACAAUGGCCCAGCUCGUACCAGAGAUUUACAUAUUAGAAGUUCGAAAACCCCCACUGCAGACCAUGGACUGUCUCUGACUUUGUGUGGCGACAACGCACCUUGCCUUGUCGUAGUCAACUUGAAGCACCAAUUAUUCAUAUCAGAAAAUAA